ACAACACACACACACACACACGGAAGGAGCUCUCUCACUCACACACACACACACACACACACACACACUUCUUAUUUCUCUUACAUGCUUUUAAGAACUGGCGACAACCAAAGCUGCAGCUUCGCCUCAGUAUGGCGCUCUGGAUGCAGAUUUCCCAGAAGCUCCCUUAUUUUCUCAAUGAGACCCUGCUGGAGCUCUACCCCACAGAGACGUUCCCCAUAGAUGUCAGGCACUAUCUGGCCAACUGGAUUGAGGAGCAGAGAUGGGAGGACUUUGACGUCGAUAACCCGGAACAAGAACCACAGGCUCUCCAGCUGCUGGAGCGAAUGAUGGAGCUUCUGCAGGAAGUGGCGUUCCAAAACCCCAAUGUGGUGGAGAAGGUCAAGCUCCAACACAUCUGCAGGAACAUGGGGAUAUUUCAGUCGCAACCUUUGGAACUGGUGAGGACCGUGCGAGAUAUUCUGAGGAAAGAGAGACACCUGCUUCGACAGCCUUUGCAGGUCUUUCCACAAAUGCCUGCACCAGUAAAUGGUACCCCACGGCACCCCAGAGAAGCCAGCAGCCAUGACGUGGACAGCCUGGUGCUAAAGGUGUUGGAGAUUCAGAGCUGCCGUCAGCAGAUUCACCAGCUCCAGGAAGAACUCAACUGGGAGAAGCAAGAAGCAGAGCCCAUGCAGGGCCAAAACGAGCUGGAAGUCAAACAGCCAGAUCAGGUCACUAAACAGAAUCGCAUAGCACAGCUGGAGUGGAAAUAUCAAGGCUUUACGAAGAAGCGUCUGCAGUUGCUGCAGGAGGCAGUGUGUAAUCUGGAGCAGUGCCAAACCCGUCUCAUUCACUGCAUUAAAUCUUGGCGCUGGGAGCAGCUCCGCUCCACCAUUGGCCGUAGUUUCGACGACAAUCUCCUCCCUUUGCAAACAAGGUGUGAACAGUUGCUGGGUGUGAAUGGCAAUUUGAGACAGGAGCUCAUGUUGGUGAAAAGGGAACAUGGAAGUGGUGAACACAUUCACAAGCUGGAAGAAAGCCUGAACCGCCUUCUGCAGACUCUCAUCCAAAACUCCUUGGUGGUGGAGAAGCAGCCCCCUCAGGUGAUUAAGACCCAAUCCAAGUUCUCCAGCACUGUGCGCUAUCUUCUGGGAGAGAAAGUGGCUCCUGGGAAGCCGGUGCUCCUGAAGGCACAGAUCAUCACGGAGUCACAGGCCAGAAACAUCGGACAAGGGCUUAUACCAAAUGAGAACGUAGGAGACCUGAUUAACAGCACCGCCAUUUUGGAACACAACACAACCAGCAAGAGCACAUGUGCGACUUUCAGGAAUAUGUCCAUCAGGAAGAUCAAGCGUGCAGACAGGAAGGGCUCGGAGUCAGUAACGGAGGAGAAGUUCGCUUUGCUUUUCACUUCAGAGAUAACCAUCACAGGCUGUGACAGUCCUUACAGUGUCCAGGUGAUCUCACUUCCUGUUGUUGUAAUCGUACAUGGCAGUCAGGAGAACAAUGCUAUGGCCACCAUCAUUUGGGACUGUGCAUUCUCUGAAGCUAACAGGAUCCCAUUCGUGGUGCCUGAUCGAGUGCCCUGGAGCCAGAUGUCUGAUGCUCUGAACUGUAAGUUCAUGUCCGAGGUGCAGACCACGCACGCGUUAGACAUAGGCAACUUACACUGCCUCGCUCAGAAGAUCUUCGACAAGCCGGACAAUUCAGAGGACUUCAGCAACACACCGGUGUCCUGGGCUCAGUUCAACAAGGAAGUUCUGCCUGGGCGAAACUUCACCUUCUGGCAGUGGUUUGAAGGAGUGAUUGAUCUGACCAAAAAAUGCCUAAAGGCUUACUGGAGUGAUGGACUCAUCCUUGGCUUUAUUGGGAAGCAGCACCUUCACAUCAUUUUGCAGGACCAACCCAGCGGCACGUUUCUGCUGCGCUUCAGUGACUCGGAAAUCGGUGGCAUCACCAUUGCCUACGUCGGCCUCAGUGAUGGUGGAUGCAGGAAAAUCCAGAACAUCCAACCUUUCACCAAAAAAGACCUGGACUCAGUCGGCCUUGGCGAUCGUAUUCGGGACAUCGGCUUGAUCUCACAAGUAUAUUCACAUGCACCAGGACGAUCUGCACGACUCAUGUCAAAAAAUGAAGCAUUUAAAAAAUUUUAUACAGUUCCAUCUGCGCCACACCCAGACGGAUACCUGCCCUUCAAGCUCACCACUGUGGUCGAUCAGGAACCUGGAUCUGUCAUGGUACCUCAGGCUGAAUCAAUGCAGGAACCAUUCUGCAUGUCCCAGGAUACAAUGUUUAAUAUGCAAACUUCUGUCUCUCUCCCCCCGACUUCAUUCGCUCCGUCAUAUCCCGAUGUCACCAUGAAUAACCAAGGAGAAAUGUACCCUUCUGUCUACAGCAGUAGCAUGGAUUUUAAUUACCAACAAUAAAAAAAAAUCAGCUGCAAAUAUCAGAUUUGGUAAGUCGGAACCCCUUUUUGUUAUCAGGACACAAGAAGCACCAAGUAUGGAUCUGGAGGAAAUUCUCUCCAAUUUGAACACUCAGUUAUGAUACGAAAGACUGCAGGCUGCAGCAGAAGCCCCAUGCAGAAGCAGAAGCAGAGCAUUAUGUGCAAAAACACACGCUAACAUGCUUUGGGGCAUAGAAUGAGUUAUUAAAGCUCCCUGGGGAUGGAUCUUGGCUCUUCUCCAUUGUAUCAACGAUAUCCAGUGGCCUGCUACACUAAGGAUGUACAGAACAGUGCACAUGCUUUUGCCAGAACUUUAUUUAUCACACCUGUGAUAUUGAAGUUUGGGUUAUACAUGCAGGCUUAAAGGCACAUUUAAGAUGAAAUUUCCAUUAAAAGAGUAAAUAAAUACGAAAUGAGAAAUGAAUUGGUCUGAACAGUAACCGAUGGUAAAUGCAGAAGUGAAUAAUGGAGCCUAAUAUUGGCUGCUUUCUGUUUUCCACACUGGGCAUGUACGUUGUUUACUUUUCUUUCGUACAGUUUGGCCAGUGGAGCGACUCGUAAAUGAAAACUCAAAAUGUUGUUUCGAGUACCUUUAAGCCUGUAAAUGGUGUGAUGGUAAAAACCAAGGACAAUCGUUCUAUGUUUCUUUUUUCUUUUGCCAAAUAGGAAGGAAAUUACACACAUUUCUCAGAGGAACUGAGAAAUUCAGCUUGCACAGUUCCUGACAUACGCCAAACUCUCUUAAAGCCACAGUGAGGACUUUGCAGUGUCAUCUUUCAUAGUGUUUAUAAAAAAAAGGGAUAGAUCAGAAUUUGUAUUUCACUGGCUGUUGGUUUUUUAAUUUAUUUACACUUAGUCAUUUGGCACGUGCUCUUACAAAAUGUGCAAUCCGAAGAACUUGGAGAAUCUGUACGAUUUCAAAGUCUGAAACAUCAGAGACUAAGCUUUAUGCCCGUUUAUACAUUUUUGCCUUUUUGACAGUUUUACAAGUUUGUAUUAAUGAAUAUGCAGUAUGUGGCACAAACUGUCGAUGAAGGUGAAUUGAUUUAACAGCUUCAGUGUGAUUUCCUGCAGAUUAAAGUCAUUGUCACAGAGCAAGAAUUAAAGCUAGACGGCCUUUCGAGUUCAUAAAAUCGAUGAAAUUUAGUUCCCUUUGAAAUUUGGUCAUUGUGAUGUAUGUUUAUUUCUGUAAUAUCUCACAAAAUAUCAGGCCAUUCUGUGGCUGGGAAGUUAUUUAAUUUGAGGGGAUUAAAGCAAAUAAUGUGCAUGAACUCGCUCGCUUCACGCAGUCAAGCAGACAGAGGAAGUCCGUAUGUGUGCGCAUGCGCAGGUUUACCUUCUUCUUCAUCGCUAAACGAACAAGCUGAUCACACUGAGGUGCUCACUGACUGCCGAUAAUUAUUAGUUUGGGCCUGCGUUUCCUUUCCUUCGUAUAUGACAUAACGUCUUUUCUUCUCGCUUUCUUUCCGUUACUGUAGUCGGUCUUUCAUGUUUCAUUCGCACACUCACGUCCUCCAUUUUUCUCUCCUGCUUCAAAUUUGUAUCCCACAAUGCCUUGUGCGAGCAGGAAAGCCCACCACGUGAUGCAUCUUGAAUUGGGUCGUGGUGAAGCAGGAAAAAAUAGCGGAGAAUUUAGGGCCACGUGGCCUUAAAUUCAUUAAUUGUUCUUUUUUUUUUAAUUAAUAAAAUUGUAAGUCUGUGAUUCGAAUCCAGUAGCUUUUGGUCCACUAAACAAAAAUAACUGGGUGUCAGGGAAAAUUCUUUUAAUGACCUACACUUGAAAAAUCUGAAAGGCAGUCUAGCUUUAAAUUUGCUCACAACCAUUGUGCCUUAGUAUGUCGAAAUGAUAUAUACAGUAUACAUAUCGAUCAGCCAUAAAAUUAAAAACCCUGACGGAUGAAGUAAAUUACACUGAUGAUCUCAUUACAGUGGCACUUGUCAAGGAGUGGGAUAUAUUAGGCAGCAAGAGAACAGUCAGUUCUUGAAGUUGAUGUGUUGGAAGCAGGAAAAAUGGGCAAGCGUAAGGAGCGACUUUGACAAGGGCCAAACUGUGAUGGCGAGAUGACUGGGUCUGAGCAUCUCCAAAAUGGCACGUCUUGUAGGGUGUUCCCGGUAUGCACUGAUUCGUACCUUCCAAAAGUGGUCCAAGGAUCCAAAGGGCAACCGGUGAACCGGCGACAGGGUCGAAGACUCAUUCAUUCGCAUGGGGCACGAAGCCUAGCCCAUAUGAUCCAAUCCAACAGAACUGCAGAAAAAGUUCAUGCUGACACCUUUCUGUUUAGUGAUUUUACCGAUCAGCCAUAAUAAUAAAACCACCCGCCUAAUAUUGUGUAGGUCCCCCUUUGUGCCACCAAAACAUCUCAGACCUGCUGAGGCAUGGAUUCACAAGAACUCUGAAGGUGUGCUGUGGUAUCUGGCACCAAGACACACACACACACACUGCUGAUUUUGUUCUCAGUAAAUCAGAACCUGAGUAUGUGAAAAGAAAUGGCCAGUACAGAAAUACAAACCAGUUCUGUAUACAAACAUUAGGUAAAUCAGUGUUGAUCUUCCACUUGUUUAAUAUAAAAUUCCUGACUGUGGCUUUAAGCAAGCUUUCAUUCUUUUCAUUCCUCUUCAUGCCUGUUCCUUUUUGGCGUGGAUGUACCAUGUCAUACUAUAAGGGUUUCCAAGAUUUUCACAUUGAGGGGGCAGCUAAGCAGCUUGAUCCUGAAAUAAAAGGUAUUCAGAGGAACUAAACAUUGUAGAGUAACUCUGAUCAUGAUGCUCCUGGAUUGACUCCUGUGUCCGUGAGAUGGAUAUUUAUCAGGUGGUCUGGGAAAACCCUUCUGGAAAACAGACAGAAACGAUGAAAACGGGUUUCUAGCAAUUUUUUUUUAAUCUACUUUGAGAUCUCUUCUUUAAAGAAACAAAUAUUUUACCAAAACAAUGUGGAAAUCUUUUUUUUUUUUUUUUAAAUUUAGGGUACUUUCUAUCCUUGCUUUGGUGAUUGCCUGAAUGUGCUCAGUCUGCUAAAGCUCCCUUAAACCACUGCUAGCUAUGCGCUAUGUAUGUCCUCAUUCCACACAAUGAAUAUCAUGCUUUGAUCAAGUUCUUCUAUAGCUACGUGCUGAAAUGAACCAGAUCACAGCUGUCAAAAUGUCCGUGAUGCUCCUGUUCCAUCACAUCAUCAGCAGCAGCAGCAGCAUCAAAACAGAGAAGAGCAUGUACACAGUGUCCAACAGAUGACAGCGGACAAAGUAAAAAUGUUUAAAUGGCCUACAAGACGUUAAUAACAAAACAGAAUUCAUCGGCGAUAUUAUAACCGCUGAUGAAAAGAGAUCGUUCGAGCGGAGAGAUGACGACGAGGCUCGUGUUUAAACACCGUGAAUGACUUUUAUCUCAAGUGAUGAAGCAGAGCCUGAUACGGAUAAUGCUCAUAAUCCAAUCGAGAUCCCUAACAUCCCUUUGUAAAUGUGUAAUUCGUCAGGAAUGCCUGUCCAUGGAGCGGAAUCAAGAAAAGAGAAAGGGAAAUAUAUUUCAGUUCGUGAAAUCUGUAUAGUAGAGUAUGUGAAAGGUUUUCCCAGGCUGCCACACAUAUCAAAUAUUAUUCUCGAGUUUGAGAGUUGGCAGGCAGUUCAGUAACUUUCCGUGUCUUUAAUUCAUCACAUCCAUUUAGUCAAAUAAAAUACUAUUAAAUCAGGACAGCAGUAUAAAAUCUGACGCACUUCCUGUACUCUCCAUCUGGGGUUUUGAUGCCUUCAUUUCAUUCCUCUUCAGGACAUUUGUAAAAUUCAGUAUUGACAGAGUUUGUCUCUGCAAAUAUAAUAAAAUUCACUCAUAAUAAAAGUGACAGUAUGUGAAAAGAUAUAAUCUAUGCAGUACAUCUAUACAACCUAUCUGUAUUUUUGUUAUUUCUGUCUUUAUAAAGGGAUUUAUGCAAGAAAUGUUAAUAAGCUUCGACUUGUUCAUCCAUAGGCUCGACUAGUAAUAAAUCUUCGAGGUGCAUGUUCUGUCUUACACACACACACGUGUUUCACAUUAAGGGGAUCUUUAAUCAUAAUGCAGUGUUUUACGUGUAGCCUUUAGUUUGUCUCUUUUUUAUUAUUUUUUAAUUAUUAUUAUUACCAAAUCUGAAAUAAUCAUGUCUUUUCUGCCAUGAAAUGUGACAUUGCUUUGUAAUGAUACUGUUUUGUUUUGUUAUGUAAAAUAUUCUUUGGUGCCAUGAGUGAUUUGUAAAGAGGAAGCGUGGAGCGGAAAUGAAAUGCAAAUAAAUAUAUAUAAGUGGUA